UUAAAUAGAAAGAAAAAGUUGCAUGGUAGAUGACACUACUAGUACCUACAGACAGUUGUGCCGCUAGCCUACAUGUACAAGAGCUCCUUUUUAAUAAGAUUUCCUGACAAGCAACACUACAAGAGCAAACCCCCGAAGCAAGAGGAACUGUAAUUCAUGAACCCUGCAAGAGGAGGGAGACUAGAGGUAAGUAGAGCAGACUGAGUGGGAGUUCUACCAGCAACAGGAGUUUCAGACCACCACCAUCACCACCCAGACAUGCUCCCGGGCAUGGACAGCAUCAGCAGUUGUUUGGGGGGUUCGGAGGGGGCAGAGAGCAGGUACGAGACUCCCCCAGCCUCAGAGCUCCAGAGGCUGAUGUGGACCAAACCAGGGACCAGUGACCAUAUGGAUGAGGUCCAGCCCAGGAUCUACAUAGGAGACAUGUAUGCAGCCAAAGACAAGAGGACACUCCGGACUCAUCACAUCACCCACGUCUUGAACGCAGCGGAUGGGAAGUUUAAUGUGAACACAGGUGCCAGCUACUACAGGGACACAAAAAUAUCCUACCAUGGAGUGGAGGCAUUCGACAUGCCCUCAUUUGACCUCAGUACAUUCUUCUACUCUGCGGCCAAAUUUAUCAAGACCGCCCUGAGCUCACCCACCAGUAGUGUGUUGGUCCACUGCGCGAUGGGUCUGAGUCGCUCGUCCUCUCUGGUCCUGGCCUAUCUGAUGAUCGAUAAGAACCUGACCCUGGUGGAUGCCAUCAAGGCUGUGGCUGCAAACAGAAACAUCUGUCCCAACGCUGGAUUCCUGGAGCAGCUCCGAGACCUGGACAAACAACUCCACUACCAGGCUAGACGACAAUGAAAACACGUUUUUGAUGAGACAUAGAUCGAUAGUCUAAUAGUAUAGGGGACAACUGUGCAGUCACUAUACUCAUACUGUAGAUGGUUUUAUUAUUUUGUGUAAAGAUGUCAGAAAUAAAUCCAUUGCUAAUGUGAUCAACACAUUCAACUUUUCUCAUAAAAAAUUGUUGUCUAACAACAAUUACAAGCCACCGGGGUCUGACAACCUGGAUGGAAAAUUACUGAGGAUAAUAGUGUACGAUAAUGCCACAUCUUCAAUUUAAGUCUAUUAGAAAGUGUUUGUCCUCAGGCCUGGAGGGAAGCUAAAGUCAUUCCGCUACCCAAGAAUAGGAAUGCCCCCUUUACUGGCUCAAAUAGCCGACCAAUCAGUCUGUUAACAACCCUGAGUAAACCUCUGUAAAAAAAUGGUGUUUGACCAGAUACAAUGCCCUUUCACAAUAAACAAAUUCACAACAGACUUCCAGCACACAUAUAGGAAAGAACACUCAACAAGCAUGGAACUUACACAAAUGACUGAUGAUUGGCUGAGAGAAAUUUAUAAAAUUAUUGUGGGGGUUGUCUUGUUAGACUUCAGUGCAGCUUUUGACAUUAUUGAUCAUAGUCUGCUGCUGGAAACACCUGUGGGUUAUUGCUUUACACCCUCUGCUAUAUUGUGGAUAAAGAGUUACUUGUCUAACAGAACACAGAGGGAGUACUUUAAUAAAAGCCUCUCAAACAUAAUCCAGGCAGAAGCAGGAAUUCCCCAGGGUAACUGUUUAGGCUCCUUGCUUUUUUCAAUCUUUACUAACAACAAGCCACUGGCUUUGAGUAAGUAAGUCUAUGUAUGCGGAUGACUCAACACUAUACACACACACGUCAGCUACUGAAAUGCAACUGAAAUGACUACAACACUUAAAGAGCUGCAGUUAGUUUCAAAAUGGGUAGCAAGUUAGUACUAAAUAUUUCCAAAACUAAAAGCAUUGUAUUUAGGACAAAUCAUUCACUAAACCCAAAACCUCAACUACAUCUCGUCAUGAAUAAUGUGUAAAUUGAGAAAGUUGAGGUAACUAAACUGCUUGGAGUAACCCUGGAUUUUAAACUGUCAUGGUCAAAAAAAUACACCUUGGAACAGCGGGGACUGUGAAGUAACACACAUAGGCACAGACACAUGAUAAAAUACUCACUCACUAUACAUACACUUAAACAUGGAUUUUGCGUUGUAGAUAUGUGGUAGUGGACUAUGGGCCUGAAAGCACACACUUAAUAUGUUGAGAAUUCUGUAAUGACUGUAUUGUAAUGUUUUUAAAAUUGUAUAACUACCUUAAUUCUGACGGAGCCCAGGAAAAGUAGCUGCUGCCUUGGCAGCAACAAUAAAUACAAAUACAAAGA